AUGACUGCCAAUCCGACCCCGACGCCGUAUCUCGCCCCCCCAACUCAGGAAUGGGACGGGAUGGAUGGAAAUUGGUCAACGUUUCGCAUAUCCAUCGGCAGCAUGCCUAGUCAAAACUUCCGUGUGCUCGUCUCCACACGUGCAGGCUUGCUAUGGGUGCCUAGCCCGAAAGCAUAUUGGGAUGACCUAAGCAUUUAUAAUCUUGGUCUUGAGGACAGACUCUAUCCCAAACACGGAAACGGUGACUACGGCUUUGACAGAGUUCGCCUGGGGUUUGGUGACAACACAGACGCUCUUGAAGUGAACAAGACGCUGGCAGUAACCUACGGGGAUGACGAUUACUGGUUGGGCCUACUGGGAAUUGGCGAAGUGAACACCACCCUACAAGAGGGAAAGCAGCCCAUUCCGAGCUUCAUCCGGGACUUGAACGACACCACAAGAAUUCCCAGUAUAUCUUAUGGAUAUACAGCCGGUGCUUAUUACCGAAACACGAAAGUGCCCGGAAGCCUGGUGAUUGGGGGCUACGACCAAUCCCGCUCCCAACCCUCAAAACACAACUUCUCCAUCUCUCAAGACACUCAGCAAUCUCUUUCCGUUGCUAUCCAAGCUAUUGGUACGAAUUCUAGUCUCUCGGAUCCGGGGCCUCGGCGUCUGCUCACCAACGGCCAUUCUUCGAUCAUCGAUUCCACAGUCUCACAACUCUGGCUCCCUGAAGAUGUCUGCAACAACUUUGCAACGGCUUUCGGCCUUACCUACGAUGCAAAAAAAAAUUACUACCUGAUCAAUGAAACAAUCCAUGACAUUCUCGUCGAACAGAAGCCAACAAUCACAAUGAGGGUAGGGAAACCGGGAGACACCGAUACCAAGAACGGUAUCCAGAUUGACCUGCCCUACGCGGCAUUCGACCACUACAUCGGGUUUCCAGCCUACCAAGACACGAGGCGUUACUUCCCCAUCCGUCAAGCAAAGAACUCUACACAGUACACGAUCGGUCGCGUCUUCUUGCAGGAGGCCUACCUAACCGUCGACUACGAAUCGUCCACAUUCACACUUGCACAAGCCCGCUUCGAGGACCCCAUGCCGGACAGGGAUAUUCGCACUAUCCACUCCAAAAACUAUGUCCCUCCCUCUAGGCCAUCCUCAUCACUCAGCGUGGCAGCCAAAGCCGGCAUUGCCAUCGGUGUCAUCGUCAGCUUUAUCCUCGCCAUCGGCAUCGUCUACUUGUACUGCUGGCGGCCGCGGCGGGAGAAGAAGACGCACAAGAAGCGACCCAGCAUUGCCAGCCAAGCGCCGACGUACCAGUCGUCGGCAGAGCCACCGCCACACUACUACCGCGAGGCCAAGCCGUAUGACCCCUGGGCCACCAUGCCGCAGGAGCAGCACGCCGAACAUGGUCGACAACACCACCAGCACUCGGUCUCAGAAAUGCCUGCUGGAGCGGACGGCCAAGAGAGGAGGCCGGAGCUGGACGGCAGCGGCGUCGGCGGUGGGUCGUAUGAGCUUGCAGCCCCAAUGAAGGAGAGGGAGGAGGAUAUCGAGGUGCAUGAGAUGGGUGUCGAUCAUAAGUCUGAGGUUACUGUUAGCCAGGAUCAUGGUCGUGUGAUGGGCGAGGAGGGGGAAAGCAAUGCUUCCGAACAGAGGCCGGCUGGGCGGAGGAUGUCUUCGUUCACGCUGCCCUCACCACCUUGA